GGCGCUGCAGCCCGUCAGGACGUCAGUUCUCCAUCGUAUCGCGCCAGGGUUGGACCUGAAUCCCACAAGCGCGCGCGCACACACACACGUAUAAACACAUCUCACACACACAUACAUGCAUACGCACACACAUUAAUACGCACGCACGCGCGCGCGCGCGCGCGCUCACCGCCUUUGCUUGCGUGCGGGCACCCUCGCGCGAUUUCAGUCAACGACGGGACUCGUAGUCGCGCGACUAUGAGUGAAUCGCGCUCGUACACGUCUCGGCUAAUUACUACUCGUCGAUGAUAAUUGAUAACGCGCGCGCAAUUAAACGCGACGUGCUCUCGCUCGGACGCUCGAGUGUUGGCGCCAAGUUCGCGCGAAUGUCAGCCGCCAGGACGCUGCUGGCGGCUGCCGAGGGUGAAUAGUGACAUAUUCGAGGGGUAAACCGAUCGGUGUCGCGGGUCAAGUGUCGCGAGAUACGAGAGAUAUCGAUACGAGCGUUUGGGAAUUGUCAUCGGGAAGGAGAGUGUGCGGACUGCGGACAGUACUCUAGAAAGACGAGUCACGGACAGACGAGGAGAGCGGUGACAGAUCGUAUAGGUCCGAAGGAGAGACAGUAGUAUAGCAGAGAGCAGUAGCGACAGUAGUCGCGCGGCAGACUGUACCCUCACUGGGAUAAGCAUUUCUCAGUGAUAGCGUGGCUCGCUGGUGGUCAGACCGCGCGGCGCGGUGUCUUGGACUAAUAGCGGAGAGCCUCGAGAGCUUUCGAGAGCUGGAUCAGCUGGCAUACCGCUGGAUUACGAACGUACGCGCUGCCGGAUCAACAGGGGGGGCAAAGCUGUCGCAAAGAUCCGUGAUAACGGCGAGCAACAUGCGAGCACGCUUCAGCUACGCACGUAGUAUGCGUAACCGUCGCGUCUCGUCACCGACGAGGAUUCAAUUAAGCCUGCCGGGUGGAAGGUCAAGUACGCUGCGCGAGCGACCUGGGGAUAGGGUGCCAGAGUUUUAAUUAAAACUCACCCGCGGGAUUCUCAUUAUCGCGCUCGCGCUCGCGUCUCGUAUUCGGGAUUAAUUAGCUGUGCCGGAAACGAGAGCAGCGACGGCAGAACGGCUAUAGGUGAAAGGGAAAUAUAGGAGGACGUGAUUGCCGCCAGCUCGUAUGUUGCGUUCGUAACAUCCGUGUGACAGUUCGGUGCGACGUGCGUCGGGAGCUUCCUGAGCCCGUCGCGUCGUCAUGAACGAGCUUUUUCUCGGAGAAAGCAGCCGCGCCGCGGCUGCCUUCGUUCAGUGAUCGUGACGAUUUUAACGGCGGCAUUCUCCGAUUACGAAUGCGCUAUCUCCCAGUGACGAGUAGUGCGAUUGCGUGACGAGUUGGAGAUUGUCACUUGGGAGCUAGAGACAAGCAGGAAAAGUGCUAAUAAUCGGAUGUCUCAUACCUGAUGCGCUUCCGGCACGAUGUCCAAGUAAGACGGCUUGGCGAUUCUUGGCGAUUGGCGAUAGCUCAUUCUAACGCACGGAAGGCGCGUAUUAUGUGAGGAGGAAACCGCGACGAGGGAAACGAAGAUGUCCGCCGUCAGCGUCGUCGCAUGGUUGCUCGGCGCCGUCGCUUUGGCUGCGAUUAAUAAUGAAGUGCACUGCCACAACAUGCCAUACGGCGGCAGCAGCAAGAACAGCGACACAUACAACCAGAAUGCUCUGGAGGAGACCACACGAUCGGGGCCGUAUUUCGACAAAUCGGCCUCGAAGAACGUGACCGCCCUGCUGGGGAAGACCACGUACCUCAACUGCCGUGUCAAAAAUUUGGGGAACAAAACGAUGACACUACAAGUAUCGUGGGUACGGCACAGGGACGUCCAUUUGCUUACAAUUGGUCGUUACACGUACACGAACGACCAGCGAUUUCGAGCGAUCCACAACCCUCAUUCGGACGACUGGACGCUCCAAAUUAAGUACCCGCAGCAUCGAGAUAGCGGUAUUUACGAGUGCCAGGUCUCCACGACGCCGCACAUGAGUCAUCUAGUCCAUUUAAAUGUAAUUGAGCCAAAAACCGAGAUUCUGGGUGCGCCAGAGUUGUUCAUCAAUCGAGGUAGCACUAUCAAUCUCACAUGCGUCGUCCUGCAGAGUCCAGAACCACCUGCCUAUAUUUUCUGGAAUCACAACGAUGCGAUAAUCAGCUACGACUCGAGCAGAGGCGGCGUUUCCGUGGUCACGGAGAAGGGUGACAGCACGACGAGUUUCCUCCUGGUGCAAGAAGCGAAGCCGUCGGACUCGGGACGGUACACUUGUAACCCCAGUAAUGCUCAACCAAAAUCGAUCACCGUACACGUACUCAACGGAGAGUAUCCCGCGGCAAUGCAGCACGGCGGUCAGGCCAAGCAACCGAGGUUGUACUCCCUUCUGCUCUGCCUGUGUCUGCUACUUUACUAAUUGCUCCAUUCCAUCGCGCAUUUUCGAAGGGAGAAAUCGGAAGGCACUUACGCGCGGAGAAAAAAAAAAGAAAGAAAGAAAGAACGAAUGAAUGAAUAAAUGAGUGUGUGAAAGAGAAAAAGAGAAAGAGAGAGAGAGAGAGAGAGAGGUAUUUCCGUUACGAGUUGCGCGAACAUUGGCCAGGUGUCAGAGAAGCCGUGGCGAGAUAUACGUGCGACGAUGCGCAUCCGACGGGGACGCUUUUGACUGUGCACCGGAACGAUGAACUCUUUUGCAAGGACGCGCCGUUUGUCGAUGCAACCGAGCGACGACGGCGCGUCCGGAAAGCUAUAGCGCCACACGACCACACGACGAUGCUUUUAGCAAUGAGACUGCGCGCAAUUCGGGAUUGCGAAUACACGAUGAUACUGCACGUAAGAGACAUGCAUCACAGUCACGAAAUUCCGAUACCUAAUAACCGUCGACGAACGAUUGGCUUCAUUACAACGACAGAUUGCUUAUUCGGGAAUAAAAAUAACUGACCUGACGGCUGCGUCUAUCGAAAAACACGGAUAAAUACUACAAUUAUUGUUCAUCGAAUAAAACACAACUCCACGUUGUUGACAACUGAAUAAAGUGCGAUUGAAAUUAUGAUACUCAAUAAUGUUACCGGAAUCACGCUUUUUUACACAUCGUUUCUCAGAUUUCGUUUCAACAUUCCGAUGAUCAGUGGCUUGAUUUAAAAUUUCCCUCAAGUUCUCGAAAGCAUUGGAACGUAACUUUCGCUUAACUCAUUUGUAUUUCGCUGAAGAUUCUCGAAUUCCAAUCGUUCGCAACUCGGAGAGACUCUCGAAACAAUCGACUCUCUUCUCGGUGCGACUCUGCAAAUACCUCUAGUUCGAGGAAAACGUGAGUCUUCUGGGACAUGUUGUACACAACACGGACAGCAAAAGAUAGAAAGAACGAACGUGUAGCACGUUUAGGCGAAAAGCGACUGAGAGAGGGAGAGAGAGGGAGAGAGAGAAGAGCAUGUCGUACGUGUCGCUGGUGCUCGCCUUUCUCUCUCUCUUCCGGCGAUUAAUUGUGGAAUGGACUCGUAGCAUCUGCCGACUCGUGGACUUUUAGCUGGCAAGAUUGGCGGCGAGUGCAUCGAGGAGCGACGAGAGAACGGACGCGACGAAUCGUUGCCAUGCAACCGCGGCUUUGACCGAGUAGGUAUACGCUUUGGAAUCCACGCCUGUGUGACCGCCGGCCACUACGAUGACGUAUGUACCUCUGUGUGUACCGCGAUACAUCCGAUUCUUCCCUGGUGGCAUGCACAAGGAACCUUUUGUCGAUCCUCCCAGUCUCGUGUUCCAAUAUUGACGCCGCAUUUCCAACCACUGAGGUGAGGAGCGAACGGCGCUCGGCGUAGAAAUCUCGAAUUUCUACGCCAAGAUCGGAAGGUAUUGCGGCGCGAAGGGUUGGCGAUUACCGCGUAAUCGGAUCGCGCGUCUCAACUCUGUUCGCUUAUCGCCUUUCUUUUUCUUCCGCGCGCGCGCGCGCGCGCGCGGCAUCUCGAAAUCAAUUAGCGGGCGAUAAAAGCUUGUAGAGCGCACGCGAUUAUAUUGAUCGAUGCCGGGUAGCGAUUUUCGAAUUAUUUCUUGGAUUUGUCUUGAGUAAAACACGGAUCGCGGCGCUGGCUUACUACUUCACAAUCGAGGAACGUCGUUGAGGCUAAAGCGGCGCAAUUAGCUUACGCGAAAUAGAAAUUGCGCGUUAUGAGAUUCAACAGUAAUUACGCUUCUGUUCCGCCUCCAGUUACCUCAAAAGGUAAAGAGACAAAGCAAGAUUCACCGCGUAUAAUGAUAUUUGCAUUAAAUUCAAUCGCUUUAUUUGAUCCCCUUUCAAAAAUUCGAGGAAAAUCGGAAUCUUUUGCGUUACAAACGCACGAGAAAAAAAAAACAUAUUUAUACGACGGCAAUGCUACAAGAGGACUUUUAUCUUUUCGAGCAAUAUUAAUAUUAUAGAACUGCGAUUGACAGCGGUAUUUUUUUGCGAAGCAACGCGCAAGUGAAAUUUAUCGUGCCGUUCACGAGCUUUCAUAAUUUCGCCCGGCGAUCAUAUCUUUGUCAUAAAGCAAAUUAAAAUUUCGUAAACGCACUUCUUUCUGUCAGAAUUAAUAGAAAUAAAGCAGCAUGCGCGGAACGUCGGAUGAAAAUAUUUUACGGCGCGGGAUUAAAAUGAAAUCCUCUUAAUUAAUUCAAAUAUGCAGAAUCUUUCUUUUUUUUCAUGUAUGUAUUUGCAUUUGUUUACGCAAUCCCGCAAGCACGGAUCUGCGUUGGCACAAAAAACAAGAAAAGGAAAAAAGAAAAGGAAAGAAAAAAAGAAUCGCGAGAUAUCAAGUGAAUUUAUUUUCCUACUUCUCGGGAGAGCAUUUCCGUAGAAG